CCCUUCUGCAGGAACCACACAGAAAAAAAUGUUCUCAUGGUCGCUUUACUCUAAAAAAAGCCACACAAACACAUUCAAAUUAUGACUUCCUCAAAAGUCAUAGUGGCGAGAGAUUGAGACGAGCGUUGGCGCGAGCCUCUACACACAGAGCUGACCCUGUAGCGUGGAGAUGGAGGAGAUCUACGCCAACGUUGACUACGUCAAACCUGUCGGACUAAGACCUUCAACGAAUCAGACAAGUCGCAGCGGCUCUGACCGGAGGUUCCUCGGAGCUGUUGUUCUCCUCCUGGGCCUGCUGAGCUUCGUCCUUCUGGCUGGACUGAUCGGCCUCGGAGUCCACCACCGUGACUCAGCUGCCGAGCACUUGGCCGUCAGAGAGAACCUCACUGAGCGUCUCCAGGCCUCUGAGAACAAGACGUCCUCCCUGAGCAGAGAGAUUGAGAGGCUUCAGACUUUGUCCAACCGGGACCGUGACUCAGCUGCCGAGCACUUGGCCGUCAGAGAGAACCUCACUGAGCGUCUCCAGGCCUCUGAGAACAAGACGUCCUCCCUGAGCAGAGAGAUUGAGAGGCUUCAGACUUUGUCCAACCGGGACCGUGACUCAGCUGCCGAGCACUUGGCCGUCAGAGAGAACCUCACUGAGCGUCUCCAGGCCUCUGAGAACAAGACGUCCUCCCUGAGCAGAGAGAUUGAGAGGCUUCAGACUUUGUCCAACCGGGACCGUGACUCAGCUGCCGAGCUCUUGGCCGUCAGAGAGAACCUCACUGAGCGUCUCCAGGCCUCUGAGAACAAGACGUCCUCCCUGAGCAGAGAGAUUGAGAGGCUUCAGACUUUGUCCAACCGGGUGAAAACGUGUCCUGACGGAUGGAAGAGGUUUGAGUCUACCUGUUACUUCGUCUCCGUCGAGACGGCUUCUUGGGAAAGAGGCUGGCAGGACUGCACAAGCCGAGGAGCAGAUCUGGUGAUCGUCGACAGGGCUGAAGAACAGACAUUCCUCACUAAAAUCGCCAAGAAAGACACUUGGAUCGGUUUGAUGGACUGAGACCAGGAGGGGAGCUGGAAAUGGUCUGACGGGACUCCACUCACUCUGGCGUAAGUCACAGUAAAGUAACACUUCCUCACAAGCUGUGUGAAUAUUGCUUACACAGAGGAAAUGCUGUGAAGGUUCACUUGCUUGUUAACCUUCUACAGGUUCUGGUGGACAGGGCACCCAGAUAAUGGUGGAGGACAUCCAAAGUAUGGUGAAGAGGACUGUGCAGUUAUCACCGCUAACAUGGGAACUGACAAAAACUGGAACGAUCUGCGCUGUGAUGCGUCCAGGCCGUGGAUCUGUGAAAAAAAUGCAAACUGAGCAGUUAUUUGAUGGGCUUUGAAAUAAUGUGACAUACAACGUUGCCAGCGUUACAUAUCUGAAACAGAAGGUCGUGAUGAUUUAGUGUUUAGAUGGAUAGAUAGAUAGAUGGAUGGAUAGAUGAUAGAUGGAUUGAUAGAUAGAUAGAUAGAUGGAUGGAUGGAUGGAUGGAUGGAUAGAUAGAUGGAUGGAUAGAUGAUAGAUGG